AUUGUUCUAUUGCACUUACAUGGCAUAUGUAAUUAGCUAUAUUGUAUAUUAAAUACAAUUGCUUCAGUUAUGGAUGGGACACAAACCAUAAAGUGAUGUGCCAGGUUGAUGAUGACUUGAUGUGAAAAUGAGGUGUAAUUUGUUGGUAAAACCUUUUUUUUAUUUAACAACGUCACUUAUGUUAAUCUUUCUAUAUAUAACAUUUCAUAAUAACAUACAGUGGAAGCAAGAAUCAGAUGAUAAAUUGAUAUCCAAAUUAGAAAAGAAAAACGUGGAAUUUUCUUCCGUAGACGGCAUAUCUGAAAUGAAAUACAUAUUACAAUGGACUUCACCUAAUAACAUUCCUUUCGUAUAUAUGGGGAAAGGUCAAAAAGUGUUCUUAGAUAGGCACUGCAUUUAUAAUAAUUGUUUUGUGACGAGUGACAAGAAUUACCUUGGCGAUUAUACAAAAUUUGAUGUAAUUGCAUUUGCAGGACCAGAAACAGUGCACCUUCCUAAAGAAUCGUUACCAAAUAAGAGAUCACUGCAUCAGAAAUUUGUAUUUGCAAGUUUAGAAUCGCCAGAUUAUUACCCAGUUUGUUCUGACAAUUUAGAUAAUUUCUUUAACUGGACGUGGACUUACAAAGUUAACUCAGACGAAAGAUGGGGCUAUAUGGUCGUGCGAGAUUCAAGCAAUGCAAUUAUAGGACCAAAUGCGGAAAUGCAUUGGUUAAAAUGGUCAGAAAUGGAUUCUGUUUGCGACGAUUUCAAAGAAAAGUUAAAGACUAAAACGAAAGCAGCGGCUUGGUUUGUGUCCAACUGUAAUUCCAGAAGUGGGAGAGAACAUUUUGUGAAUAAAUUAAAUAAACAAUUAAAAAAGUAUGACCUAAACGUAGAUAUUUAUGGUCGCUGUGGGCCACUAAAGUGUCCCCGAAAUAAAAGCAGAGAAUGUGUCAAAAUGCUUGAAAAAGAUUAUUAUUUUUAUUUGUCAUUUGAGAAUUCGUUUGCCGAGGAUUACGUGACUGAAAAAUUAUUAACCAGCUUAAAUAAUAAUGUUGUACCGAUUGUAUUCGGUGCUGCUAACUAUACGAGAUUCAUGCCAGAUGGUAUGUACCUCAAUGCAAGAGAAUUAGGCCCAGUAAAGUUGGCUGAAAAAAUGUACGAGCUUAUAUUAAAUCCAGAUCUCUAUGCGGAUUACUUUAAAUGGAGGAAUCACUACUCGUAUCAUCAUAAAUCUGAAAGUAUAGAAACCGACGAAUAUUGCAGAUUUUGUUCAAUGCUAAAUGACAAAGAAUUGGUCCAAAAAAUCACGACUUAUCCUAACUUUAGGCAAUGGUGGGACCCUCCAGAUCGUUGUUGAUUAAAUUCGUUGUACAUCUUGUUUAGCUGUAUAGAAUAUUAUUAUUAUUAUUAUUAUUCUAUACAGCUAAACAAGUGUCCGAUAUGUUUGUGUCCGUGUCUCAAGGCAUCCGUGUGUUAACUGUUAUUACGAUCUGCUAAGGCAUUGAUGACGUAUAUUCAUUUAUUGAAUAUACGUAUAUAUUCAAUAAAUGAAUGAUUUUAC